AUGGCUUCACCUUUGACCACCUCAACUCAAACCCACCAUGGCAUCCCCUCCGUCCCAAGCGCUGGCCAAGCGAUCGGGGGCGAGCUUAUGGCGCCGCCUCCAGCGCCCAAGAGAAUCAAACGCCCUGCCACCGUCCUCGAUGAAGAUGUCUACACAUCCGCCCUCUCCCACAUCAUCGCCCGCGACUUUUUCCCAGGCUUGCUAGAGACUCAGGCCAAGCAGGAAUACCUCGACGCUCUCGAGUCAAAGGAUAAAGAAUGGAUCACAAGUUCCAAGAAAAGGCUCGCCAGUGUCAUGCGCACUCCAACGCCAGGAUCCAAUGCGCGCCGAAAGACAGACGCUGGGUCUGUCGCUGGGACGCCACAGCAUGUGCCCGGCCGAGCAGAUCAAACUCCCCAUGGUUGGGGAGGAGAUACCCUUAUGUCUGUUGCUUCGACUGCUACAGAUAGAAAUGACCUGGAGAUUCCUGAUGUUUCGAACAUGGGACUGCUCGCGUUCCAGGCGAAGUACACCAGCGAAGACAACGAAUCAUUCAAUAAGGUUCUGGACAAGCAAAACACGAAGAAGAGGGAGAAGUACGCCUGGCUAUGGAAUCAGAAUAAGGUUCCGUCUGCGCGACAAAUCGCCCAUCAUCAGCGUGAAGCCAAGCGCAUCGCCGCGCAGGUCGAGGAGACGCACGAAACUCUGCAACAAAAAGCCGAAGCAGCCUCCCGCGCAGGUCCAAAGCGCACACUAUACCAAAACACACGCCUCCUAGACGCCGACGCUGCAGCCGCCGCAGAUGCAACAAACAAAGUCCCGCCCUCUCCAUCUCUCUCCGCCAUCCAAGAUGCCAUCGCCGGCCGCCCGCGUCUUGGCGAGUCCGAAGCAGCAUCCGCACUCGCAGGCAGUGAAACUCCCCGCGUCAACGGCUACGCGUUCGUCGAUGAAGAUGAACCUGAACCUCAAACCGAGCCCGCUGGCUCUCUCGACGCAGACUGGCGCCUGCUGGGAUCCAGCGACUCCACUCCAAAUCCAUUCCAGAUCGGCGAAACACGCAAACGCGAAGCACUACACCACCGCAUGGUUGAUCGCGUUGCGCGGAAUAAACGCACCGAGAAGGUUGCGCGGACUACCAAGACGCCUAUCGCGACACCACGCUUCGCUAGUAGCCCGCGCAUUGAUUUUGGGCUGCGGUCUGGCCCAACGCCUGGCUCCUCGGCUGGUUCAAAGAUGUUGACUCCAGCUGCGCAGAAGCUACUGAACCAGGUCGGGAGUACGCCGAGAGCUUCGGGGUCGACAUCGAAGUCGGGGUUAGGGAAUAUGUGGACUCCGACACCGCGACGGAAGUGA